UGGGUGUGACCUCACUUCCAGUAUAUGACUUUCCCCGGGAAGAUUUGGCGCGGUCCUGUUGUGUUGAGCCAUCGCCGCCGUCGCCCUUUUAAGCAUCUGUCACUGAGCGACAAAACUGGACAAAAGUCAUGUCGCCCGUCUCGAACCAGGACAAGGACAUGGACACAACAGGCGGGGAUGAUGCAGGCGAAGCCUGUGGUUUGGCCAAGUCUCGCUCCAGACGAGAGAAAAGGGAGAAAGUGGGGAGGAAAUCUGCUCUGGAGCAGCUGAAAAAGGCCAAGAGAGGGGAGAAGGUCAAAUAUGAGGUGGAGGAGUUCAGCAGCGUGUAUGAAGAAGUGGAUGAGGAACAAUAUUCCAAGAUGGUCCAGGAUAGACAAGAAGAUGACUGGAUUGUUGAUGAUGAUGGAGUCGGGUAUGUGGAGGACGGGAGAGAGAUCUUUGAUGACGAUUUGGACGAUGACGUUACAGAAAAAAACCAAGGAAAUGCGAGAGCCAAAGGUGGCGACUCGAACAAACACGUCAAAAAAUCAGCCGUGGCAAAGCCUAACAGCAUUAAGAGCCUCUUCAUGAACAGCAAUGUCAAGAAGCCAGCAGAGAAAGAUGUGGACUUGUCUAAGGAUGAUCUUUUGGGAGACAUCCUCCAGGAUCUACACUCAGAGAAACCCUCUCUCCUGGCUCCUCCACCGGUUGUAAUGCUGAAGAAAAAGAAGUCGCUUGGCUCGCCCAUGAAUCCAUUCUCGAUCAAGCCUCAGAUGCCAAAAGAGCCCACUCCAGCUAAGGCCAAAGUCAUCCGGCCUCCACCUUCUGAUGCCCCCUGGCCGUCACCUGGCCCUCUUUUGUCAAGUCCUUCCCUCGUCGUGAAAGAGACAGAACCCCCAUCCCAGAAGCAAGAGAAAGUGGAUGAGGACCUGGUGUUAGACGGGAUGGACUUUGAUGAGCCGAUGGAAGUUGGACCUGAGGAACCUGUAGUCCUGGAAGAGGCCCAAUCUGAAUGUAAAACAACCCCUGUUGCUCCUGUCAGGUUGCAGUCUCAGGACCCUGCCUUCUUAAAAAUUGGAGGCUUUUGGGGUCAGGAGGACGAGGAAGGUCCCGUCACCGAGGCUCCUGCAGAGGUGCAGGUGGACUCUAGCAAGCUGCCGCUGGUGGAGGGCGUCGACGGCGAGCAGGUGUUCAGGUUCUACUGGCUGGAUGCUUUUGAAGACCCUUACAGCCAACCAGGUGUGGUGUACCUGUUCGGAAAAGUGUGGAUCGAGUCAGCCCAGUCCCACACAAGCUGCUGCGUCUCUGUCAGGAACAUUGAACGCACCAUAUACAUCCUGCCGCGUGAAUAUAGAGUGAACCCCAAGACAGGAGAAGUGUCCAAUACGCCUGUUGAAAUGAUGGAUGUCUACCAGGAGUUCAGUGAGCUCUCUGACAGGUUCAAGAUCAUGAAGUUCAAGUCCAAGAAUGUGGAGAAGAACUACGCGUUUGAAAUUCCAGACGUGCCCACACAAUCAGAGUACCUCGAAGUCCGCUAUUCAGCUGAGUGCCCUGCUUUUCCGUCUGGCCUUAAGGGGGCAACAUUCUCACACAUUUUUGGAACCAACACCUCCAGCUUGGAACAUUUCCUCCUCAGUAGGAAGAUUAAAGGGCCAUGUUGGCUGGACAUCAAGACACCUCAGUUACUGAGUCAAGCGGUCAGCUGGUGCAAAGUGGAGGCGCUGGCUCUGAGGGCUGAUCUGGUCACCGUGGUCAAAGACUUGGCACCGCCACCUGUCACUGUCAUGUCCAUCAGUCUCAAGACCAUCCAGAACCCCAAGAGCCAUCAUAACGAGAUUGUGUCAUUGGCUGCGCUCGUCCACUAUGGCUUUCAUAUGGACAAAGCGCCACCUCAACCUCCUUAUCAAACUCAUUUUUGUGUGGUGACUAAACCUAACGACUGUAUCUUCCCCUUUGACUUCAAUGAUGCCGUGAGAAAGAAGAACGGAAAAGUGGAGAUUGCAACUACAGAGCGCACUCUACUCGGCUUCUUUCUGGCCAAGAUGCACAAAAUCGAUCCAGAUGUUCUUGUGGGUCAUGACAUUUUUGGUUUUGACCUGGAAGUGCUUCUGCAGCGAAUUAACCACUGCAAAGUUCCCCACUGGUCCAAGAUUGGACGUCUCAGGAGAGCCAACAUGCCCAAACUAGGGGGCCGCAGCGCUUUUGUCGGGAAGAGCGCCUCCUGUGGCCGUCUUGUGUGCGACAUAGAAAUUUCCGCCAAGGAGCUGAUCCGCUGCAAGAGUUAUCAUUUGACUGAACUGGCUACACAGGUGCUAAAGACGGAGAGAGCUACCGUCCCACAAGAGAGCAUCAGGAAUCUUUACAGUGAUUCUCCGCACGUGCUCUACCUCUUGGAGCUCACAUGGACUGACGCCAAGCUGAUCCUCCAGAUAAUGUGUGAGCUCAACGUGCUGCCGCUGGCGCUCCAGAUCACCAACAUUGCAGGCAACGUAAUGUCUCGUACUCUGAUGGGCGGCCGGUCGGAAAGGAAUGAGUUCCUGUUGCUCCACGCCUUCCACGAUAAGAACUACAUUGUCCCUGACAAACCCUCCUUUAAGAAAACGCAGAUGGAGAUGAUUGACGGCGAAGAAGAUGUGGAUGCCGGGAAAGGGAGGCGUAAGAAGAAGGCUGCGUAUGCUGGAGGGUUGGUGCUGGAUCCAAAAGUUGGAUUCUACGACAAGUUUGUGCUGCUGCUCGACUUCAACAGCCUGUAUCCGUCCAUCAUCCAAGAGUUCAACAUCUGCUUCACCACUGUGCAGCGGCAGGUUUCCAGUGCACAAAAGCAGAAUCAGGAGGACCAGCCAGAAGAGAUUCCAGAGAUUCCAGAUUGUGACCUGGAAAUGGGAAUCCUGCCCAAGGAGAUCAGGAAGCUGGUGGAAAGGCGCAAACAUGUUAAACAGCUGAUGAAACAACAGGACAUUAACCCGGACCUCUACCUGCAGUAUGACAUCCGCCAGAAGGCUUUGAAACUAACGGCCAACAGCAUGUAUGGCUGCCUGGGAUUUAGCUACAGUCGCUUCUAUGCCAAACCACUGGCCGCCCUGGUCACACACAAGGGUCGAGAGAUUCUGAUGCACACCAAAGACAUGGUCCAAAAGAUGAAUCUGGAUGUCAUCUAUGGAGAUACUGACUCUAUUAUGAUCAACACCAACAGCAGAUCUCUGGAGGAAGUCUUCAAGCUGGGCAACAAGGUGAAAGCUGAAGUAAACAAGCUGUACAAACUGCUGGAGAUUGACAUUGAUGGAGUGUUUAAGUCACUUCUGCUGCUGAAGAAAAAAAAAUAUGCAGCCCUGGUGGUGGAGCAUCACGGCGACGGGCGCUACAGCGUAAAGCAGGAGCUGAAAGGCUUGGACAUUGUGCGGCGAGAUUGGUGUGACCUGGCCAAGGAAUGUGGCAACUACGUCAUCGGUCAGAUCUUGUCAGACCAGAGUCGUGACGUCAUUGUGGAAAACAUACAGAAACACCUUGUGGAGAUGGGGGAGAAGGUAGCCAGCGGGGCCAUACCACUCCAACAAUAUGAGAUAAACAAGGCACUGACAAAAGACCCUCACGACUAUCCUGAUAAGAAGAGCCUUCCCCAUGUCCACGUGGCUCUGUGGAUCAACUCCCAGGGUGGACACAGGGUCAAAGCCGGUGAUACAGUCUCUUAUAUCAUCUGCAAGGAUGGCUCCACACUAGCAGCCAGUCAAAGAGCGUACGCUUUAGAGCAGCUUCAAAAGCAAGAGGGUCUCAGUUUGGACACUCAGUACUAUCUGGCACAGCAGAUUCAUCCUGUGGUGUCCCGAAUCUGUGAACCCAUUGAGGGCAUCGACAGCGUCCUCAUAGCCACCUGGCUUGGCCUGGACCCUACUCAGUUCCGGUCUCACCAGCAGCACCAGAGAGAGGAGGAGGCUGACAACAUGCUGGGAGGACCUAUCCAACUGACCGACGAUGAGCGCUUCAAAGACUGCGAGCGGUUCAUGUUCACCUGCCACCAGUGUGGCAAGGAGAACACCUACGAGAGCGUGUUUGAAGGAGCUGGGUCAAAGUUGGAGCCGAGCUUGCUGCGAUGCUGUCAUGUGCCGUGUGCUGGCCGCCCUAUCGACUACGCUUCCAACAUCAGCAACAAACUGCUGCUUGAUAUCCGACGCCACAUCAGAAAAUACUACUCUGGCUGGUUAGUGUGUGAGGACCAGGCUUGUCAGAACAGGACCAGACGCUUGCCAAUCGCCUUUUCCCGCCUCGGACCUAUCUGCACAGCCUGCAGCAGAGCUACUCUCAGGCCGGAGUACUCUGAGAAGGCCCUGUACAACCAGAUCUGCUUCUACAGGUUCAUCUUUGACUGGGAGCACGUCGUAGCCAAAGUACUGACAGGGGAUGAGAAAACUCGUACUGGCUGGUGGAACAAAGAAAAGGAGGUGUACAGGAAGCUGAAGGAAGUGCCUGAUAAAGUGCUCGCCGCCAGCGGCUACGCCGAAAUUAACCUGGCUAAACUCUUCCAAUCCUUCUCUUCCCUCAAGUAAAAAAAUCAAUUACCACCUUUAGUAUUGUAGGAUUAUGUCUCAUCUGUGCAUCUAAUGGUUCAGGUACACAUUCUAAACCCCAAUCAAUCACACCCUCUCCAUCCGUCAUGCACCUCACAUACGCACCAGUCAAUUGACCCUCCAUCAUGGGAGUAAUCACACCUAAAUGACCAUCUCUUGUGUGCGCGCUUCUGUGUGUGUGUGUGUGUGUGUGUGUGCACAGAAAAAAUGACUUAUCUCCAGAGCAGCUCAGUAUAGUCCAAAAGGCGCUAAUUAGCUAAUGAUAGCGACCUAGCCCACUCGGACCACUGGAUCCCUGAAGCCAUCGGACACUUGUUCUGAUUACCCCCAUUCAUCCUGUGUGCGUGUGUCACGAAAAAGCCUGAUAAAGGAUGCAGAAGUUGACUUGGGAGAGGAAAGGCCACACGUGCUUCCUCACCCUCACUCUUUUGUCUCGGUAUCGAAUAGAAAAUGUUCUCCUGCACCGCCUUCUGUUUAACUGCUUUUGUCCCUUCUCUCCCCGCCCCGCUCACAUUCUCUUGUGUUUUAAUGCAUGUCAUUUUCUGUGUAUACGCCGGUUUAGCAAACGAUCCUUUUGUAAUUAGAGUCACUUGUAUUACUGUUUUGAUACUUGAACAAUAA